AAAACAAUUCUUAGGAGAGCAAAUGUCGUUGGGGAGCAAGUGUCACUGGGGAGCAAGUGUCGCGGGAGCAAAUAUCUGGGGAGCAAAUGUCGUGGGAGCAACUGACUGGGGAGCAUCAUGCGUGUUACCGUAUUUAAUGGAAGAUUUUCAUUUAUAUUUAAUUUGAUUUUUGAUGAGUUAAAUAAACAAAUAUUAUCAUUUCCAUCAAGAAUAUUUAUUAAUAUUAAUGAACAUAUUUUAUAUUUGUAAUCAAAUGAACAAAUAAAUAAUGAAUAAUUUGAUUUGAUUUCACGCUCAAAUGAUUUUAAUAUCCAUAAAUCACCUGUUGUUGAAUUUAUGGAAAAUACAUCUUCAUCGUCAUCUAAAUUGGACGAAAAACAGAUUUAUUUCAUUUUAAUAAAAAAAGUAGAACCUGAAGUUUGAAUUUGAUAAAUAAUAUUAUCUAAAAAAUCUUGAUCAAAUGCUUAAAAUGUAUAAAAUAAUAAAAGAAAAUGGAUGAUUUUCUUUAUAGAAAAAAAUUUCACAAUUAAAAUAUUUCUCAUUAACUUCGAUAUCAAGAACAUCCUAUUAUGAUGAACUUGUUCCAUUAUUUCAUCUAAUGUCAAAUCUCGAAAAACUAAUUUUAUUUCUUUUUGUAAAAAGAAUUAAUUCGAUUUAUACUGAUGGUAUUCAUUUAAAUGAUGAAAUUCUUAUUCAUAUGCCAUGUUUAAACAAAUUUACUUUCAGUAUAACCACUCUUGUUUGCAACAGAGAUAGUUAUAUUAUUCUUCCUUCAAACGAUUAUAUUCAACGUAGUUUUAUCGAAAGAAAAUUUCAACAAAUUGGUUUCUAUGCUGAUGAUAAUACAAUGAAAAUUCGAGCUCGUUAUCAUAUUUAUUGA